GCAGUAGGUGCGUGAGCCCUCGGUUGCUUCACGGUCUCUGUGGUGGGGAGGAAACGAGAGUGAUUCAGGGUGGGAACUUAUAUCAGUCGGCUCUCUUUUCGCCUCUUCCCUAUUUUGCGCAUUCUCCGUCGAGCUCAGCCUGUAUUAGUUACCUCCCUGUGGUCCGGAGACUGGGGAAUCCACCUGCCGGAGAGCAGACACACCUCGGGAUGGAUGCCCUGAAAUCCGCCGGCAGAGCGAUUAUCAAGAGCCCCGGAGUUCCGCGGCACACAUGGGGAACUUCAAAGCACGAAAAGCUGCCGGAGAACUGGACUGACACCAAAGAGACGCUGCUGGAGGGGAUGGUGUUCAACGUGAAGUACCUGGGGAUGACUAUGGUGGGCCAGCCCAAAGGAGAGGACAUGGCUUCAGCUGCCAUCCGCAGAAUCGUUACCACGGCCAGGGCCAGUGCCAAGAAGUUUCGGAAAGUAACUUUGACGGUCUCACCGAAAGGCAUCAUCAUGACGGACACAGAGACUACAGACCUCAUAGAAAAUGUCUCCAUUUACAGAAUCUCGUACUGCACAGCAGAUAAAACUCAGGACAAAGUCUUCGCAUAUGUCUCUCAGAGUCAGUUCAACGAGACCCUGGAGUGCCACGCGUUUCUCUGCCAAAAGAAGAAGAUUGCUCAGGCUGUGACUUUAACAGUAGCCCAGGCCUUCAAGGUAGCACUCGAUCUUUGGGAGAUUGCUCAGGAGGACAAAAGCAAGAAGGCCAGGACUUGCUGUUCUUGUGCAGCCAGCAAAGGGCAGACAGAGACAGCAGACUCUCAGUGUGUUCCAGCAGACCCCGAGGAACACAAGCCGGUUGUGAUGGAGGAGAAGCUCCGGAGGCCCUUCUUUUCCGCUUCACUCAGCUCGCCCUCGCCUCGCAGUAACCCUACUAGAAGACGACCAAUCAAACACGACUCUUGGGAUGUGGAGGAUGGACUCGAUGAUCCGUUUUCAAGCAACAUGGAAGUAGAGGAGAUGGACUCCGACUGGCCGAGUCCUGCUCCCAACCCGUCUCUGACAAUGCAGCUCUGAGUCCCUGGGAGGUCUCCAACCACAAUUUGUGAACAAUCUGCUACAACCAGUAUGAUUAACACACUGGCAAAAUCUGCCCAACGUACAGCACCACAGACAUUGGACUUAAAUGAGACCCCUCAGGCCUGGAGACCAACAACAAACACAGAACAGACCAAACCAUAUCACGCUUCCCGGUGCAUCACCUGAUCGGAGAGGCUCUGUUUGAUUUUCUCUGGCCGCUGCAGAGGGCAGAAUGGACACCCUGAUAUUAGAAACGGCUAUAUCUGUGAAUGUGUGCCAGUAAACACUCCACUCAGACACAUUCAGCCAUACUCAAACUCUUAAAAACUGCCAAAUGAAAGGCACCAUGUGCAACAGCACUGCAAGAUGAGAACCAUCACGUAGACAGAAGAGAUAAAUACCAAGUAUGGAGUCUCCUUAUAAUCCAAAUAUGUAACAAAAACUGUGUGUACAUACAAUAAGACUGUCAUCUCUUCCUGGAAAUGUGAAAGUUAUGUUAAAACAAAGAAGCAUGUAGGAUCCACCUUGGAAAUUACAAUAUUUGGAAUGAAGAUUGAUUUGAUGUUUAGAGAAUGGGGUACAGUGUUUAUUGCCAACAAAUCGAAAUGUAGACGUUUAUUUUAAGGCCCAAAAUUCCCUAAAUACUUACUUUCUGUAUCCAAGGACGUUAACCUCAUCUCUUGGCUUUCCUGUUUUAGUUUGUGGUGAUCAGGUGGGGGGUUACCUCAAAUAAUAAGAACUAUAUCAAACAAAUAGAACUAAAUUAUCUGACGACAGCAUUCACUUUCAUCCACCUGGUGCUCAAAUCUUAACAGGAAUUGGGUAUUUUGAUAACAAACGGAACAGUCACCAUGGAAACUGAGUAAGUUCAUCUGCUGAAGAAGGCCAUGAGAUGUUGAUAAAAGCUUUGGAAGCUCAGGAGUGAAGCUUCAAACUCAAGCAAACAAACAAAACACAAUUCCGAUCCAAACUGAUCAGCAGAGGCAGAUAUGACCUCCCCUGCUCUCUCUUGUAUGGGCCAAGCUCCAAUAACAAUGGAUCCCACAUUUCCAAUAAAACCAAUCACAACUUGAAGGAAUAUUUGACUAGAUAUCCACAUACUCCAAACUCAACUCCACUGAUUUAUGAAAACAAGAAAGAAGAUAACUCUAAUGACUUCUUCGGACAUCAUCAGGUUAUUGUUGCGUUAUAUUAAGCCACAGAACACAACAUACAGGAUCCGUAGUAUUAUUCAGAACAAGCAAGUUAUAAUGCCACGCCCCUGUUAAAGAAACAAGUCUUUGUCUGUUAAUACAUCCAAAAAAACACUAAGGAUGAACCUACUUUUGCGAGAAAUGUAUAUGAUUCAGUAAUCAAAAUGUCAUUGACCCUUGUGUUUGCUUGCUAUGUGAACAAUGUGAAUAGAUAUUGUUUGCAAAGAACACAAUCUUCUGCCGUUCAACACAACAGCAGACUUUUCCCUCACAGAACCCGGCUGACAUUCCUCUAACACUCUUAUUUCAAUGCUGUGUUAUAUCAAUAUGACUUUUAUAAUGUAAUGACUAGUUUACAAUACAUUACAUCAGUUAUUCACCGCUGUACAUAAAGAUGGUGUUAAAGAAUAGCGAUGAUUGGAGGUUAUGGGGACGAGUUUAUGGCAAGGCCAACGAUUCACUAGAGUAAAGAAACAUAUUUCCAUAAGCUGUAUUUUUUCAAUGUCAGAGCUGAGUAAUUUACGUAUGCAUAUUGUAUCAUUACAGAUGAAGUGGAAUGAAUAGGUUCAGGGCUUCACACAGGUUGCUUUCAGAAGGUAAUGAUCGCUCUUGUUGUAGAUGCUUGUAUGUUUUGCAUUAGAUUAGAUAAUUUCUACAAAUGUAAUCAUGUUUUUUUAUCACUGCAGGAAUAUUUUUUGAAUUUAGCCCUACUCUCAAGUCAGUAACCACCUGUUACAUGGAUCCACACAGUUCACAUUUGCCUCUCUCCACUGUAGUGUGCCACACAACACGUCAUUUUUUCCUAAAUGUCAUUAUAGACCAAUUAUUGCCCUCCUUAGAUGCGGCAAAUUAUUUUCAUCCACCGCUCGGAUGACGUUCUGCUGUCGAGAGGAUAUUAUAUUGUUCCCCAGUCUGGCUGAAGUGGUAUUCACGGCGUUAUCACUGAGGCGGGAGGGCUCAUUGUCGUUGUCAUGACACCCGCUGCAGAAUAAUUGGAUGGCUUAUCAGGUUAAGCCAUGAAGCUUAAUUGCAUUGUUUCGUUCCUGACUGGCUGAAGUACAGAGUCCAUUUUAAAAAAAAACCUCAUUUCACCUUUCCAGUUAGUGGAACAUCUGUCUUCUUGAGUGGAAGUGAUUUUUCAAACAUAUUCCCACCGUUUCAGCUCCGUCAUUGACUCCAGCGAUUGAUUAACGUGUGGCUGUUUCAGUUUCUGCUGAUUCAGUGGUUUUGAGGGAUGGGCUGUUGUCCAGCAGCACUCUGACCCGGAUUUGGUUUUCAAUAACGACAUAAUACAGUAUAUGUUUUGAGAAAAAAUGCUUUAUUAGGCAAUGCAGAGAACAGUCUUACAACUAUUGAAUAUACUGGGUCAUUUUGAUUGACUUUAAAGCAAAAGAAAAGAAGUGCAAAAUGAUUUUCUUUUGAAGGGUUAGGUUUUUUUUGGGUUGUUGUUUAAUCCCUAUAAAUUGUAUUUCGGCCAAAAUUGAUCUGCUGGAGUUUUAUUUCCUGUAUCUAGGAUUCAGUAGUUCACUUAUCCCCUGUGAAUCUUCAAUGGAUGCGUUGCUUUGGCACAGCCGAGAAUCUUCCAUGCGUGAGGGAAGGAGGGGAGGUAUCACAUGCCAAUUUAAGUCGGGAGUAUGCUGAAUACAAAUCAGUCUGCGGGGGCUUGAGGUCAAAAAACAUUUGAAGCAUUCAGAGUUUUUCAGAUAAGCUAUUGUUGCCCAAAAUAACCAUAAUGUUUACAAGAUGGGUUUACUUUUCAUAUAUGGUGCUUAUUUUCUAUCUAUGCAAUUAGUGGGUUUCCAACAGUGUUGUGAUAUUAUCAUAAAAGCAAUGUCUAGUGUAUAAACCACAAGCAGUUGCUCUUAACUGUGUAAAAAAAAAAAAGUGUACAGCAUUUGGAAACUGUUAUGGUUUGUUACAUAUUUAUGCAUAAUAAAAUCAUUUGUACAAAUA